AUGGGUGCGAAGGGCGGAGUCCUGAACCCAAACACAAUUGAAGAUGGAAAAGGGUGGCAUGCCGACAGGGCGGAAGGCAUGCAAUAUCGCGACGAAAGUAUCAAGCUCGAUUCCGUACAGAAUGAGGCCAUUCCGUAUGAUGAGGAUCAGGGUCUGGCCUUGUUGGCACGAGAAUGGAAUUUUGAAUUCCGAAUGUACGGUACUCUGUACGGCGUACAAUACCGUCCCAACGACUUCGAAGUACCGGUACUCGAUUGCUUCUGUCGUUCGCUCACCGCCAUAUCUCUCUCUGCAAACCUUCUGGGAUCUCUCCGUAACUCAGCCAGUACGGGGUACAGUACGCACUAUACUACCGUCCUAUACUACGGUACCGGUACUAUACUUAGUACUUCCACUUGCCUAUCGCUGAACAAGCCCUAUCGCCGAUCACAGACAGAGCCUAUCGCCAUUGCGGGAACGGAUCUUGGAAGGACGGAAAUCGACCGUGUCAGGGUCGUGGUCAGGGUCGGGGUCAAGGUCCAGGUCCAGGUCAAGGUCAAGGUCAGGAUCAGGAUCAGGAUCAUUCAUGUUGGCCACGCUGCGAUUGGGCGGCUCGAGGCUCAAGUUUCAAGUCUUUGUCAUGAGGGCUGA